GCACGGAGCAGUGAGCGAGAGAACACGUCUCGUAGGUUUUCCAAUCGUGUCUGCACUCGAUAUUUAAGAGCAGCACCAUUAUGACAAUUUGUUUCGUCUAGCACAGUUUAUGAAGCUCAGAAAGCGGACCACUAAACGGAACUGGGCGUUCCUCAGGAGCAACGCAAUGGAGCGAUUCAUGGGAGAGUUUGUGGACGAAGAGGAUGGCAAGGCGGAAGAAGAACGCAUCGAAGAGAAGCCGUGCAUCGACGACCUCCAGGAGGAGUUCCUGCACGGGGAAGCCAUGGAAGAGAAACCCGACGUCGGGGAGCUGGGACCGAGCGACGAUCCGGCCCCGGAAAACAACGGUGAGCUGGGACCGGGCGACGAGCCGGCCCCGGAAAACAACGGUGAGCUGGGACCGGGCGACGAGCCGGCCCCGGAAAACAAAAGUGAGCUGGGACCGGGCGACGAGCCGGCCCCGGAAAACAACGGUGAGCUGGGACCGGGCGACGAGCCGGCCCCGGAAAACAAAAGUGAGCUGGAACCGGGCGACGAGCCGGCCCCGGAAAACAACGGGGAGCGGUCGGAGUCUCCGUCGCAGACCGAGCCGGCGACGGCGACGUCGCAUCACGACUCCGACAACAACAGCAACGUGUCGCAGGACGUGCCGCUGUACGGCCGCAUCCACGCGGUCGUCAACGGCGACGCGGCGGCGGCGGCGCGCUACACGUGCGGCGUGUGCGGCGAGUCGCUGUCGAGCGCGAAGAACCUGAAGCGGCACACGAACAUCCACACGCGCGCCGAGGUGUUCACGUGCAAGGUGUGCUCGCGCGGCUUCAUCCGCAAGGACUACAUGGUGAUGCACAUGAAGGUGCACUACGGCAAGAAGCCGCACCGCUGCAUCCUCUGCAACAAGGGCUUCGUGACGAAGCUCGCGCUUGACUCGCACAAGGUGAUGUGCCGGCUCGUCGACCGCUCACGCGACAACCACACGUGCGAGACGUGCGGCGAGGUGUUCUCGAGCGUGCGCAACCUGAAGCGGCACGUCAACAAGCACACGCUCGAGGACGUCUACACGUGUCCGAUCUGCUCGCGACCCUUCCUCCGGCAGGACUACCUGCAGCAUCACAUGCGCAAGAAGCACAAUGGCGCCAAGUACCACCCGUACCAGUGCACGUUCUGCUACAAGCUCUUCCACUCGAACAUCAAGCUGCAGGAGCACCUGCAGACGCACACGGGCAACCGCUCGUUCUCGUGCACGAUCUGCCACGAGGCGUUCAGCAGCAUCCUCGCGCUCAAGGUGCACAUGCGCAUCCAUCUGCAGGAGAAAUGCACGAAGGACACGUCGCUGCGCCGCUGCGACAUCUGCGGCGUCGGCUUUCCCGGCGCCGUGUCGCUCAACAAGCACAAGCUCUACCAGCACAACUUCUGCGCGCAGUGCGAGCGCGUCUUCACCGACCGCGCGACGCUCGAGGCGCACAAGCUGCGGCACGAGUCGACGGACGCGAACCCGUACCGAUGCGACAUCUGCCGGCGCACGUUCGCGGAGCGCGGCGACUACAACAGCCACAUCUGCGCCGCGAGUUCAACCGCCGCCGUCGACGCACCCCCUCUGGUGGUCGAGGCCGACGGCGACGACUGCGACGAGGUGACGAUCGUCGACGACAUCUCGCAGCCGGUGGCGCCCUCUCGCGGUUCGUCGCCCGACCACCUCGCGAAGGUGAGCGUCGCCUUCUGGCAGAACAUAAGCAACGGGGAGGACUGCGGUGCGGCCGAGCCCGUCGAGGGCAGCACCGGUGCCACCUCCGCCGCAUUUAAACUGUAUGAGAUGGCCGGCCUGCCGAUCGCGGUCGAGUCCGUAGUCGGUGGCGCGUCGCUGAGCUGUCCGGCGUCCGGCUCGCCGAGCCCCAACUCCGUCGCCGACGGCGACGUGAAGGCGUCGCGCAGCUACCCGACGCUCGCAAACUGCCUGUCGAGUGGGGCGGCGCCCGCAGGCGAGCUGCCGGUGCAGCGGUUCCAGCCAAGAGCGAACCCCCGGAAGUCGUCGACGCCGAAGCGGUCGGAAGUUGCCGCGUGCAAGUCGAGCGCGAGCGGCGGCCUGUGCCUCUCGUCGGCCGUUUCCCUUCCCUGCCAGCAGAUGGCGACGUCUAGCCAUCAGCUCGUCGAUCAGAGGGUCGUCAACAUGAGCGAGCUGUCCGAGUGUUCGCACUGCGGGAUGUACUUCAGCGACCGGACCAUGUACAUCAUGCACAUGGGACUGCACGUUCCGGACAACCCCUGGCAGUGCAAUCUGUGUGGAGAGGCGUGUCACGACCGCUACUCGUUCGCGGUGCACGUGAUGAAGACGCAACACUGA